UGAAAUACAUUUUUGAGACUAAAUGAAAACAUAUCAAUAACCUAAAAGUCUUUAUCUCUCCUUGAUUUGAAUAUCUACCCAUUGACAAUGGUGAUUCGAAGAAAGCCGCCAAGGCUGUUUCGUUAUGUUUUCUGGGUUUCGGUGAAUUUCCAAUGAAUGAUAUGAGCGGUAUACAUUGCGCACGGUGUCUCUGUCGUUUCAUUAGGUCCAACUACGUCAAUUCACCAGCUUUAUAAACGUUACGAAACCACUUGAUCCCCAUCGUCUAUAUCAAUCGCACAGAUUCUAAUAGUAAAUUGUUGCAAAGCUUCCAUACUACCAUAGUCGUUACUGUGUUUUCUCAUUUAUUAAUUUGCUCAUCGUUCCAGUGCACAUUUAUAGAAGCACUUGGGGGAUAAUUAUCCUAAAAAUGAUUAACCAUAAAAAGUUGAACGUUUGAAUAUUGAAAUUAAAAGAAAGAGAGGCAUUUGAAAAAGGGACAAUCAAUGAUAUGAUGAUUAUUAUGGAUAUGCAAGCAAUUUCCGGCAUGUUCAGUGUCAUUACUAUUGCCGCUUGUUUCAUCCUAAAAAUUCCACAACUAUGGAAUCUUAUGGUGGUCAAGUCAGCAGCUCAGAUUCCACUAUCGGGUCUUGCCCUCGAGCUCAUCAGUUAUACUGUGAUGGCGAGCUACAACUACAUUAAUGGCUAUGCACUAAUGUCGUACUUGGAAUAUCCGGUGAUUCUCGUUCAACAAUUGGUUCUUAUUUAUUUUGUUCUGAAAUAUCGAAAUCAAAUCAACACAACUUCAAUAUUGUUCGCAACUUGUUACUUCCUCCUGAGUAUCUGUAUUUUUAUUCAAGUUAUUCCUAAAGCUGUUUUUACAUUUUUAACACCCAUGUGCACACCUAUCUCUGUGUCCAGUAAAAUUGUUCAACUGGUUGCAAUUUUUCGUGCGAAAAAUGCGGAAUCUGUGUCAUUAUUGACAUGGUGUAUCUCUGCAUUCACCAAUAUGACAAGGAUAUUUACCAUUUGGGUGGAUUCUGCUGAUUACUUACUUUUAGCAAACUUCAUAAUAUCGACGUUGUUAAGCUCGAGCAUAAUGUUCUUAGCAAUGUAUUACAAAUAUCGUCGGAAACAGAAUUGAAGGGAAAUUUUAUGAUACAAAUGCUGUAUUAAAUUUAAAUCUUUAAUGCAUUCACUAAAGUAUAUCUCCACUUAAUGUAUUUCAAUUUCAUGAAUAACAAUUAUACGUAUUGUAAAAUAUAA